AUGGAUAACUUUGAAGCUUCGAGAGCGGAAGGACCUUUCCAACCGUAUUUCGAUGAGAAUCCGUUACCGUCCUUACAGAAUCUAUCAUUGAACCAGAAUUACAAUGCUAACAGAUCUCAGCACUCAGGGAACUACAGUUUACCUCUCGACGAGCAGGUAAUAGAAGAACAAGUUCGCGAGUCUGUAAGAAGUUCGAUACAACAAAAUCCACCUAACAUUCCACCAAACGUGCCGUCGGAUUGGUUGAACAACCUGCAUGAUUUCAUAAAGGAUACGAUCAAGCAGUCUGUCAGAACCUACAUCGACGAAUGGAGCCUGCUAUCGACGCCAAGAGGACCAAAUCCUCAUCCAUCAGCAGCAAUGAAUGGACACGAUCAAGCGGUCAACACAUCAAUGACGUUUCCACUCAAUAGUAAUCACCAACAGAUGCCUGUUCCAUCUUCACCCGCACCACAACAAAUUCAGCACCCUCCGAUGUCACAUUACUACAAUCAUCUUAGAACCAAAAUCGAGAAGUGGGGUAUCCAGUUCAACGGGUAUCUCCACCCACGCGCACUUUCGGCUUCCGAGUUCGUCAGACAGGUUACUAUCUUGGCGAAAGCCAAUCGAGUCAACGAAGAGGAGUUGUUGCAGCAAGCGUACUUAUUUUUUGUAGGAGAUGCUAGGAAAUGGUACUUCACAUACUGCGAAAAUUUCCUUUCGUGGCAACACUUAAUUCAUCAGCUACUUACGGAUUACGAAAACCCAAACAAGGAUUCAGCAAUCGAGGAGGAGAUGCGAGAGCGCAAACAACGAUCGAAUGAACGUUUUAGCGUAUAUCUUGCGGAGAUGGAAAGACUUUCGAAAAGCCUUUCAUAUCGGAUGAACGAAAAGAGGAAACUUAAAUUGAUUUUCGAUAACACUAAAAUUUCAUACCGUCGUAGACUAGCACUAACCCCGAUAUCGUCGCUUAAACAAUUAGCAGAUCAUUGCUACAUUUUCGAUUCUCUAGAACCAUCACUGUAUUCCACUAAUCAACAACGUCUUCAUUCAAAUGUACAUCAAAUUUCCCACGAGACCGAAGAAGAUUUGGAACCAGAUGACGAUGAAGAAGAAGAAGUCAACGCAAUAUCUGGACGCAUCAACAAGUUUCGUCAAUCGAAAUUUAGAAACAACUUUCAACCCAACCCGUCAGAAAAGAAAACUCCAGUAGAGCAACAGGAAACACAGGAAUCUCCAGAAUUAAAAUGCUGGAAUUGUGAAACAGUAGGACACAUAGCCAAAUUUUGUUUAGAACCGCGUAAAAUUUACUGCUACGCGUGUGGCAAACCGAAUUUUACGGCGCGAAAUUGUCCCAAACAACACAAGAUAACUUUCGAGGGCAAGACAGUCGUUAUUCCAACAGUAGUUAUCCCGGAUGUGGCCAAACAACUCAUCUGUGGCUAUGAUUUCUGGCGAGCGUUCGACAUUAGACCAAUGAUGAGCAGCGGAGCAGCCGUAACCCUCACCGAGUCAUCAUUUAACCAGCAGCAGCAAUCGUUCCAGGAUCCGAAAAGCCUCAACAUGAUGUGUUUCAGCCUAUCCCUCGACGAAAACCACUUGGGAUUAAAAACACAGCCAAUCGAGGACGAAAGUUUGAACAUUCCGUCACUAGAAGAACCUGAAAAUAACGAAAUUGGAUUAGAUUCACUCGAAACAGAGCACCAGUUAAGCGAAAAUCAGAAGAACGAUCUGUUGGAGAUCAUCAAAGGUUUCCCGAGGUCAUACGAUGGAAAAAUCGGAAGGACUCAUUUGAUCCGUCACAAAAUCGAGAUCCUGCCAGACACCAAACCUAAGAAGAUCCCAAACUACAAAUAUUCUCCUAAAGUCGAAAAGGAAGUGGACAAAGAAAUCGAAAGAUUGUUGACCAUGGAUGCGAUUGAAGAAUGCAGCAGUGAGUUCGUCAACCCUCUUCUUCCGGUCAAAAAGCCGAACGGCAAUUGGAGGCUAUGUCUGGACGCUAGACGACUCAAUCAGAUGACCAAACGCGACGAAUACCCUUUCCCAAACAUGACCAACAUUUUAGAGCGCUUGGAAAAGGCAAAGUACUUCACGAUCAUUGAUCUGAAGGACGCCUAUCAUCAAGUUGUUCUGGAUCCUGAUUCUCGAGACUUCACAGCUUUCAGGACUCCUAGAGGCCUCUGGAGGUACAAAACUAUGCCUUUCGGAUUGUUAAACAGCGGAGCCACUCUUUGUAGAUUAAUGUCCAGAGUUCUAAAGUUUGAUUUACAACCCAAAGUAUUUGUUUACUUGGACGAUGUAAUCGUCACAUCAGGAGAUUUUGAGGAACAUUUGCGUUUACUUAAAGUCGUUGCACAACGAUUACGUGAGGCUAAUCUUACGAUUAGCAUCGAGAAGUCGAAAUUUUGCCAAAAAUCCGUAAAAUACUUGGGUCACAUUUUGAGCGAAGAAGGUAUUGCACCGGAUAGCGCCAAAAUCGAACCAAUUUUAAACUACCCGGCUCCUAAAAAUAUUAAGGAGAUCCGCAGACUGUUAGGUCUUGCUGGAUUCUACCAGCGAUAUAUUCGAAAUUACAGCCAAACAGUUACUCCGAUAUCAGAUCUUUUGAGGAAAAAUCAAGGCAAAUUUCGGUGGACAGAAGCUGCAGAUAAUGCACUCCGGAAUCUUAAAUCCGCGCUGACAUCACCACCCAUUCUUUCUAACCCAGAUUUUUCCCUUCCAUUCGCAAUCGAAACGGAUAGUUCAGACUUGGCCGUAGGUGCCGUCUUGACACAAAAUUUUAAUGGCGAGAGGAAAUGCAUUGCAUUUUUCUCUAAGAAACUUUCCGCCACCCAGAAACGAUACAGUGCGACUGAGCGGGAAUGA